AAUAAACAUAUAAUGGAAAUUUAAUAAUACACUCCGAUUUAUCCGAUUCAAAAUCGAUCCGUUCAAACGCCCGCGAUUCGAAAAUAAUUACAGCCCACCCAAUCAAUCAGUACGUUCGCGCUCGAACGUUGGCAAAACUGAUCCCAGUCCUUCCAAAUGAAGACGUUCCAACUGGCGAUAUUCGCCCUCCUAGCUCUAAUAUCAAUCGACGGAUAUUCCUGCGUGGAAGUCGACAUGCGAAUAGGGAACAAACGCACGGUUUUGGAUCGCUUGGACGGCACUUGUGGAGGCGACAAAAACAUGAAAUUGACGUUUGUUGCUAACUCGAUGAAGGCCCAAGGAAAGAAGAUAGUAAUGAACGCGACGUUUCACGUUUUUGAGGACAUCGUGGACGAAACUGGGAUAAAAAUAACCAUUACCAGGUGUAAGGUGAAGGAAAAUCCGGAUACCUGUGAGCAUUUCCAUUCUUUCAACACUAACCAGUAUUGCCACCUGAUAUCCACUAAAUCCCCUUUAUGGAGUCCGUUUUUCGACCAGAUUACUCCACCCUGGAGAUGUCCAAUAAUGAAGGGCGACUACGUCGUGGAAAAUGCUGUUUUCGACGUGAGCUCUUUUCUGCUUUUCCCGGUGCAGGGGUGGUUUUGGAGGGUGACGGCCGAACAGUGGGACUUGAAGACCAAACAGAAGAUUUUCUGUCUCAUCACUGAUACACAAGUCACCACUUUGGGCAGGGUGCAGUGAUACUGGAGUUUUUGUAUAUGCGUGAAAUUUAUUGGAAAAUGUAUAUUGAUAACUGAAUAUAGUAGUUUCAUUGU